GCCUGACCUUCUCGUCAAGUCCGCCACGGGGUAAUUGGCAUCCGCCAAAAGCUUUGCUUCCAGACUUGUGAUCGAAACCAUCUCUAGCCGUCCCAUCCGGCCCUCCGCCCCAGUUUCUCGGAGAUCGGUCGACUCGAGUCUCCCCCAAAUCACAGGCGAACGAGGAAUUGUAGUCGCGUUUGGCGUCGUGGACGACUCCGGAGGCACCACCACCUCGAGGUGCAAAUUCACUUGCCCUUCUCGUCCUUCUCGUCCUUCCACGAUCAUGGCCUCCACCGCCGACCGUGGUCGCUUCGCGGAGAUCGUCGUGAUUCGCCACGGUGAGACGUGCUGGAAUGCCUCGAGAAUCGUCCAGGGGCAUUUGGACUCAGAACUAAAUGAAAUUGGAAGACAACAGGCAGUUGUGGUGGCUGGUCGGCUAUCCAAAGAGCCUAAAUUUCAAGCUAUCUACUCGUCCGACUUGAAGCGAGCUGCUGAAACUGCAAACAUUAUAGCAAAAGUUUGUAACUUACCAGAGGUAAUACUGGAUCCAGGAAUGAGAGAAAGGCAUCUGGGGGACAUUCAGGGUUUAACAUUACGUGAUGCUGCAAAGCUAAAGCCUGAAGCUUACAAGAUUUUCUUAUCAGGCAAAAGAGAUGGAGAAAUUCCAGGUGGUGGAGAAAGUCUCGAUCAACUUAAUGAACGAUGUGUUUCUUGCUUGGAGAAAAUAGCUAGUAAGCACCAAGGAGAAAGAGUGAUUGUACUGACCCAUGGUGGAGUUUUGAGAGAACUUCACAAACAUGCAGUUUCUGGACGGUCGUCAGAUGGGAGGAUACAUAAUACCUCGGUCAAUGUGUUCCUGAUUUCUGAGAGUGGCAAUUGGACCAUCAAAACAUGGGGUGACAUAAGCCAUCUUCAUGAAAUCGGGGUGCUCAACAAUGCAUUUGGAGUUCCCAAAAGGUCAUGCGAACACCUUGGGUUGUGAUGCUUGGAUGUUAGGUCAAUCACUUGGAUUAGCCUUUGGAAAGGCAUUGCUAAUGUCAGGGAUACUUUCUGUACUUAAAUAUCCGGUCAACAAUACAGAAAACUAGCAUCUACAUUUCUGCAUCUGUUUGAUCUAUUCCGUCGCCCGUAUGAAUGCAUCUUGCAGGUCUUUGUUAACCAUGAGGAUAGUAUGUGUUCAUCCUUCACUUUCGGAUAUCAUCUGGAGCUACAGGUUUUUCAACAACUCAAUGCAUCUAAAUGUGGAAGAAGACAUGAUUCAGUGGAGAUGUACUGCUGAUGGAAUACACAGCUAUGAAUCCUUGUGUCAGAUCACAUCAGAAAUCUGGAAGCUUUAAGUGUCUUUAAAGAUAAAAGCCCUGCCAUGGCUUAUCAGUCUAAGGAGGCUACACACAUGAUUCUUGAAGGGUAUACAGUUGAGAAUACAUUUUAUGUGCGCUUUCUAGGCAGGCCGAUUAAGUAUCAAAGUCUUAACAUCGACCGCCACAAGUGCUGCGACACAAUCUGCAGAAUCACCAUUUUCCAGUCUAUAGAAACAUCGAUCGGAUGAUACUGUCUGCAACAUGUUCAGAGUUCAAGGAACGGAAAGGACGAAGGAAUCUUUAAAGGUGGAAUCAUGUCUGCUGAAGCUCAUAAAUCUAUUGUUGAUCUGCAUCUUCAAAUGUUUCUGCUCACUGACUUACCUUGUUCUCUUUACUAUAUUUGGUUCAUUUCACCUC